ACCAAUCAAUCCCCACGCAGGACGAGCAGGCGAUUGCAGAGCUCUUCGGUCGCUGAGGGACGGAGGUCGGUCGGGAUGGCGCUGCUCCAGCGGGGCCUCUCCAGAGGGAUUGCCUCAGCGACGAAGCUCGAGAGGCUGGCGGGGCUGGAGAGGCCGGUGCUUGGAAGCAAUGUACAUAACAAAUCUAGACUAUCAAGCUCAUUGCCAGAAGAACAGAAGGCAUAUUUACAAACUGGACCCGAUUUACAAGACUUUGUUUCUGGGGAGCUUUCAGACAAAACUAAGUGGGCAGAAUAUAAAGGCAAGUUAAAGCGUCAAAAAGGAGAACGGCUGAGACUACCUCCAUGGCUGAAAACUGAGAUUCCAAUUGGGAAAAAUUAUAACAGAUUGAAGAACACGUUGCGUAGUUUAAAUCUUCAUACGGUGUGUGAGGAAGCACGGUGUCCAAACAUUGGAGAGUGCUGGGGUGGGGGUGAAUAUGCUACUGCAACAGCAACCAUAAUGCUGAUGGGAGAUACGUGUACGAGAGGUUGUCGCUUCUGCUCAGUCAAAACAGCAAAAAGUCCCCCUCCAUUAGAUCCUGAUGAACCAUUUAAUACGGCAAAAGCAAUAAGCGAAUGGGGGUUGGAUUAUGUUGUAUUGACCUCUGUGGAUAGAGAUGAUAUUCCUGAUGGUGGAGCAGCUCACUUUGCAAAGACUGUUUCACACUUAAAGAAAAUCAAUCCCAAGAUCCUGGUGGAAUGCUUAACUCCGGAUUUCCGAGGGGAUCUAAAAGCAGUGGAAGAAGUUGCUUUGUCUGGACUAGAUGUGUAUGCCCACAAUGUGGAGACAGUUCCAGAAUUGCAGAGAAAUGUUCGUGAUCCUCGAGCAAAUUUUGACCAGUCCCUGAGUGUCUUGAAGCACGCCAAGAAGGUUCAGCCUGAUGUAGUUUCUAAAACAUCCAUCAUGCUCGGUUUAGGUGAAACAGACGAGCAAAUAUACGCCACACUGAAAUUAUUACGUGAAGCAGAUGUGGAUUGUUUAACAUUGGGACAAUACAUGCAACCAACAAAGCGACAUUUAAAGGUUGAAGAGUAUGUUACUCCUGAGAAGUUUAAAUAUUGGGAAAAAGUAGGAAAUGAUCUUGGAUUUCACUACACAGCUAGCGGGCCUCUUGUGCGUUCUUCAUACAAAGCAGGUGAAUUCUUCUUGAAAAACUUGGUACAGAAAAGGAAGACAAAAGACAUCUGAAUCCUGUAGGAGGAAUUCUGUAGCUCUUAAUGGGUAGUAUUCCAGAUGGUUGCAUCACAAACUGUGGAAGGAAUAGGCAUUCAGAAGGUUUGUGUUGAUUUAUCAGAAUUAAACGUAACCUUGAAAUAUUAAAUGUUCUGGUACUUUUUCAAAUAUAAUUUCAAUUGUUAUGUAUUUAAUGGCUUUAAUGAGUUUGUACUCUAGUACAAGAAAGUUGAUGGCAGAAGCCACAGGAAGAGAUAUACACACAUUUGGAAAAUUAGUGUUUAAUGUAUAUUUGAAAUACAGUACAAAUCAUGAAAUAAAAAUAUCACCUGAACGCAAUGUGUUUAUUAAAGUGCUUCAAUUAAACCAGUAUUUAUACUUUCUUCACUAUCCUUUUAAUUUUUUCAUCCUAAAAGUCAGUGAACAAGUAUUAUUUUGAGGUAGCAUUUAGUCAAACUGAAGCAAGUUUUCAGUUUUAUCACUUUUUAAGGGUUACCUUUUCAAACUCUGGAUAGGAUUAGGUAUGGUAGAUGUUCACAUGCUUACAUAGAAUUUUACCUGACAGUAAUAAGAGUCCAGUGGGUGUGAGCAUGCCAGUAAUAGAUUCAGAGGUCAUGGAUAUAGAACCAUACAUGGCACUUGUCUUCCUCAGGGAUCAUUCAUUUGCAACAGCUCUGUUUCUAGAAAAGGCAGAACACUGUGAAGGUCUCUCUGCAACAUAUUAUAUCCCAAUUUUCCUGCAACUAUCACAGGAACACAGCGUAUGAUGUAUUUUUUGAUGCAGAAAAUUUAAUUUUGCGGUUACCCUUACAGUGUCCCUUCAUGAACUUGAUGCACGAACUAGAAUUAUAGCAGAAAAUUUAAUUCAGUAUUGACAUGAGAUAUAUACAACUAUAUCUUCACAGUCAGCCCUGCAAAGCCCCCCCCCCCCCCCCCCCGAUUCUCUACCUUGGGCUUCUGGUGGGAAUGGGCCUACCUUGCCAGGCCAGUGUGUAGGAAAAGUUAUAGGCCCUGGGAGAAAAGGCCUGAUCCAAGCAAAAGGAGGAGGGAACAGCCCACUCUUUAUAUGGUAGUGGUGCCUGAUUGGUGGGGGGGUUAGAGAGUGUUGCUGAACUACAGAAAGUAGAGGACGCCAGGAGGAGAGAGGGAUUGAGUAGAGAGGAGUCUGAGGAGAAAAAGGGAAGUGUUUAGAGCUCGGAGAGAAGAGCCUCUGUGAGGGGGGAAUUAAGUAAUACCUUCGAAGGAGAAGUGCUACAUUUUUUUAGAAAGCCUCUAAGGGACAGAGGGCUUAUAUUAGGAGCUUCCAGAAGGGAGGACUGAAGAGUUUUGAAAAGCCCAAUUAGUUUUCCUAUGAAUGAACAUAGUUCUGUGGAAGACAAGUUAAGGAAUCAUUUUCUUUUAAGGAAACAGCUUGAUAAUCUUCUGAAACCAUUACAUGUCUAAACCUCUCCUAAUAUCUGAGCAACCUUGUUCUAGAUCAAAUAAACUUCACAAAUCUAUUUAUACUUCA